AUGCAUGUCACACUUAUAACAGAUCCAGCAACUUGUUCAUCGAAAUUUUCUAUUACCUCAUCGACACUUAGUUAUACAGUUGAUGAACCUAUUCACAUUAAAGUUAAUAGUACAAUAUCAGAUACAAAAUUCAUCGGUAUUCAUUUAUUAGCUCAAGAUGAAAAGCAUCUCAAUGUUGGUAGUUGGAAAACAACUGAUGAAUUAGCUGAAAGUAAUAUUUGUGAUGGUGUUGCUUAUUAUUCUGAAAUAGGAAAAACAAAUAUUGAUGCAAUUUGGCAAGCUUCACCUAGAGUUGUUGGAAAUGUUAGAAUCAAAGCAAUAAUUAUUGAGAAUGAAAAAACAAUUUAUAUUAACUGCUAUGAUAUUACUUUAACUCCACGAGUGCCGAAUAAUUCAUCAUUUAUUGAUGAAAAUGAUUCUACAUCAAAUACACCUCCGACAAUUACUACUAAUACUACUACACAACCAACAACAACCAUAACUACUACUUCGCGUUCCCAGAACACAACGAUAACUGCUUCACCUACGGCUGAAGUUGCUAUUAAUGUAACAUGGACAUUCACUAGUGGAAUCAAUGUUACAAAUGUUCUUAUGACUAUUAAAAAUUUGAAACCAUCACAAUGGGCUGCUAUAGGUCUUAAUAUAAAUCGUUCUAUGGGUGGAACUCAUGUAUUUAUGUGUAAACGAUAUGCUGAUGAUACAAUUGUUAUAAAUCGUUAUGUAAAUCCUAAUAAACAUGAAGAACCUGAACCUGCUGGAUCAGAAGACGGUGGUGUACUUACACCGGGCAAACAAGAAUUCAACGAAGGUAUUGUAAUAUGCCGGUUCAGUUUAUCCAAUUUUACAAGCCAAACAUCAGGACAACUUCAAGAAGUAAAACCACUUUCUCAAUCAAAUAAAUAUUAUCCUAUAUUCGCAGUUGGAUUCCUAGAUGAAUAUCAUGAUCCAAUACGACAUGCUAAAGAUUCACGUACAACUCAAUCUGGUUUUGUUCAGUUAAAUGAAAAGGAAACUAUUCUUUAUAAAAUACCUAAUGUUGCUGUGGAUUUAACUUUUGCACGAGCUCAUGGAAUUAUUAUGAUUUUUACAUGGAUAUUAAUUGUUUCAACAGGUGUACUUAUUUCACGUUAUUUUAAAAAUGCUUGGUUACAUACUUUAAUUUGUGGUAAAGCAGCAUGGUUUGCUGCUCAUCGAUUUCUUAUGAGUAUUGCUACAAUUCUUACCGUGCUUGGUUUUCUAUUUAUUUUCGUCUUCCGUCAAGGCUUAUGGAUUGAUCUAGGUCUAACACGAGCUUUUGCUCAUUCUAUUACAGGUGUAAUUAUGAUAGGUUUAGCAUUCUUCCAACCUUUUAUUGCAUUAUUUCGUUGUGAACCAGAUAGUCGUUAUCGUUUUAUAUUUAAUUUUAUACAUACAUUUGUUGGUUUUUCAUCAUUAAUACUCUCGAAUGCAACACUUUUUCUUGCUACUUAUUUUCCUAUAUUUAAAGAUAAUCGAGGUCGAAUUAUUUUAAUAAUAUGGUUAGGUUGGAUUGUAUUCAUCUUUACUAUAUUUCAAAUUAUUCAAUCUUAUUAUCGAAAGAAAAACAAUGAAUCAGGUUAUACAAAUCUUAAUUCGUCAAAUACAACAAUUGCAGAUCUAGUAGAAAAUUCAAUGACACCAAAAACAACAUCAGUGCGUCUUACUAAUGAACAAGAAACAUCAUUUGAAGAAAAACUAAAAAAUGUUCUACUUGCUAUACAUAUCCUUGUUGCUGCUAUACUUUCAAUUAUGUUAACUACACUUAUUCUUUAA